GUCAAAUGACGCGUCGUGUCGACGACCAUACAGUCGUCGACACAGUUUGAGUUUUUUUAAGAUGCAAGCAUUCGUCUUGUAAUCGUCAUACAAUCGUCAAUUAACGAAAGCCUACUUAUGACGUGCAGUUACGUGGACAAUGAGCCUAAGGCCUAUUAUUUGGGCUCACUGUCACUGCAGCGAGAUAUCAGUAAAAACUACAAUCCAACAAGUUGGUCGGUUAAUGGCGCAGACACAAUAGAAGAUGUGCUGCGGAGAUUAUGUCCAAAAUUGAACAUGUCCAAAAGAAUACCUGUAAAAGACUGUAAAGGUGUCAAGAUAUUCGAUUUCGAGCUUUUCUACCCUCAUUAUUACUUGGAACUCGACGAGAUAUUUCAGCCGCCUUCAGAAAGAUUUGACUUACAUCGUCCAUAUACGUAUCAUAUGUGGAACUUCUUGAGCCACAACAUGACCAUAUAUAAGGGUACCGUGUACCAGAUCCUGGCUAAAACUUUCUGUCCGACUAUUUAUGAUACCUACCGCCAUGAGUUUUAUGCUGAUACAGUGAAAGUAGAAGAAAAAGUAAUUAAAAACUAAGUUACAAAUGGUUUAAUUUUAUUUUAUAGUGGUUUAAUUGUUUUAUUUUAAGUAUGUAGUUCUAUUUAUUGAAUACCUUGUGGUAUGGUGGCGAAAUAAUCGAUCUCUAUUAUCAAAAUUGGAAUGUAAAAUAUUUUGCUAUCCAGGGUUUAUUUUUUCAAGUAGUCAGCCUUUCCGAGUCUAAUUGUAGUUUCUGU